CCAGGAUCUCGGGCAACAGUUCAUGCUGUCAGAAGCUCACCUUCAAUUUGAACAGCACCUGCAACAGGGUGAUGAUUAGGGGAAACAGGGGACUGGAUUUCUGAGGCAGGUGAUGCGAGUCUAGAAGAAUGGUGAAAGAUCAGCAGCACUGAGGUGGAGGAGGACGUUGUGGGUGUAGGUGGUGAGGUAUUUGGACAAUAUCAGGGCAUCCGCCGAUACAUAUGCUGCGUUGCUGGACAUCUUUAUCUCUGCAAUUCUCACGGGAGCACAGUGGAUAGACGGCCGCUCUGUCGGCAAGAUAUUGCACAACGAAAACUCGGAGGCUUCGGGGUAAAAGCGCAGUGUUCCCACAAGUGUCAGAUAUUUCAUUUUUUCCUUGUGUCUGGCUCAUCUUCUCUCCGUGUUAAACUCUAGUCACUUAUGAGUUAUAUGUGGACUGCAAGCAGAAUGGAGGCUCUGUGUUGUGCACCUGGUCGAUGCUGACACAGAGAGCGAGGCCAUGCUUGUCAGGCCCAACCACCUCGCUUCCCGUUUCCAACAGCAGUUCCUCAACUGCUAGGUCUCUCACACCGUGUAAUGAUUUUAAUCUCCAUUUUCAAAUGCUCAUUAUCUCAUUUCCAGCUGCGGUGCCCGUGCACUUCUUCAGAUUAUAUGAUGAACAUGAACUUACAGCACUUGCGUUUUCAGCCAGACCAAACUACGGUUUGAACUCAGAAGAGACUCGUUACGACAGGUUUACGUGUUUCGAAACUUAAACUCGAACUACGGAUGAAAGUACCCGCCGGUAGAUACCAUACUUCCAAGUGAUGUAACAACGGAGGAGCAGGACAGAGGUGCACUAUAGCUGCCGUCAACGAUCGGGAAUGGAACAGGGUCCUUGCGGCUCCGGGGGCUGUUUGUGACAAUGGGAG